AAAAAAAAUAAAAAUAAGACCGGCAUUCUGACUCAACCUUGAAUGUUCUGCAAGAAACAUCUUCUUCUUCUUCCUCUCCAACUUUUUUCCGGCGGAAUCGACUUGUGUGAGAGCUUGACCAAAGAGAGAUGGAAGACGUACUAACAGAAAUCCCUCCACCUUCAAGGUUCUUUUUGGAAGAUCUGAACAACUUUUGUCCUCCGUCUCCUCCUCUUCCCUCUCCAUUCCUGUUGUUUGCAACUCCUAAACCGGAGAAAUUUUCUCGCCCUUCUCUCCUCAUCAUUGCCCUGUCUUCACCAUCACUUCAAGUUUUACAUCAUGUGUCCUCCAAAACCCUUGUCGGAACUCUUAUCCUUCCUGAAAUCCCAUUCUCUGGCAAUUCAGUCGAGCCCUCUCUUAAAGAUAAAUCGUGCAAUAUAUAUGCCCUGAAUGAAGCUGAUAACUUGAUUAUGAUUGUGUCCGUACAAUAUCCAGUUACUGCAGAGAGAUCUCAUACAGUGGCAAAGCUACUGAUUGGAGAACAGAUUAUUCCAGAAAAGGUCUUAAUCCUGGACUCCAUUCGUAGUAAUAUCUUUCGAGGAAAACUUUCACCUGAUGAAGCGUUUGCAUUUAAGCUGGAAUCAUCUGCAGAGAGAAAAGCAAAGGCUGAUGGACAUCAAGAUUCACCACUGGUAAAAUGCGCAGACUAUCUUCCAUCAGGAAGUGUUGUCGAUGGCUUGGCGGCUGCUUUAUUGAGCCGAUGUCAGUUGAAGAAGAUCAGAGGAACCCUGUGUGUUUCAUGGCCUGAAGCUGGUAUUUCAGUUAUAUCACUUGUUAUAUCUCUACUGCUCAAGGAUGUCCUGUCCGGCGUGAAUCAUAUUAACGUUGGGGAUCUUGAGGAGGAAUUCCUAAAAUUAGGUAGGAACAAGGAUUUCCUUCUUGAUUCUGAACUCUAUACAUGAUAUGAUGUCUUUGAUUUAAAACAGAUGGAACCUUGUUCCUUCUUUUUGUUAGAUUUCGAUGUAGUUUGAACAAAGCAAUAUUUUCAUCAGUUCCUGGAUUACCAACUUGAACAUGGUUCACCAUGUCAAAUUAAUUUCAUGUUUUACAGCUUUUAGAGAGUGA